AUGCUGUUGGAGUAUGGAAUUGAUAAAAAGGGUCCUAGGGAAGCAAAUACGAAAAUUCCAUUUGAAUCUAAAGUAGAUAGUUGCUCAAACUCAGAUCAGCAUGAUCUAUAUAGGCCAAGGUCGAGCCAUUCUAUAGAUGAAUUAAUGAAAUACUUGAAUAAGGAACAAAUAUCUAAGCAGGCUAAAACUCUUACGUUGGACAAAUUGCCAUUUGAAAUACGAUUAAAGAUUGCAAAUCAAUUGUCGCAAUUUGAUUGCUUGAGUUUGCUAAGAACAAACCGUGCGAUGUAUUCAUCUACAAUUCCAAGAUUAUACCAACAUAUAAUUGUUGACCAGCAUUAUAGUCAGUUUAACAAAGAGUAUGACUUCAGACAUUAUAUUUCGAUAGAUGGUUUUAAUGAGUGUGAAGAUUUCUCGUGUUCGUACAUAAAAAGCCCUUAUAAUUUCAAACGCUUUUUGCACCAUUACAUAAAGCUACACCAAUCUCUUGAGGAUGAUACCACCAACUAUAAUAAAUUUGGUCCAAAUGUCACUUAUCCAUUUAUUCGAAAGAUUCAGUGUAUUGACUUACCGGACUCACUAAAUGUAUAUGACUAUGAAUUGAAUGAUAAUUUGAGCGUUUUUUUCGGAAAGUUAACUCAUUUAAAAGAGUUAAUAUGGCUAAAUGAUAAUUUCAGGUUGGAAUAUUUAGAGAUGCUACCGAAUUAUCAAUCUAUAACAACGUUGGUGUUGAAUAUAAAGUUUAGCAAUUAUUUGACUGAACUACAUUCACCUAGCAGAAUGGAAUACGAUUCUGAUCACUCUGAUGUAGGUGAAACCGCCACUGCACGGCCAUUGAAGUUUCCUAACUUGAUUAACUUUCAAAUUAGACCAUUUCAGAAUUCGAAUAGGCUUAUUAAGAUUAUUAAUAAUCUAUUAAUUAGUUGUAAGCCAGAUAUUAUAAGUGAGCAUUUAAAGAUUUUGAAAUUAUCGCGAUUUGAUAAAGAUAUUAGUGUUCUAGUACCGCCAUUUCAGAAUUUGGUUACCAACAGCGAAAUAUCGGAGUUAAAUGAACUAGAUUUAGGAACAAUUCAAUCCCUAUUCGUUCGAAGCGAGUUAAAGUAUUUGAAUAGUUUAUCGAUCCUACUGUUUAACAAUUGUUUGCUUACGCCGGAAGAUUCGCAUACAUUAAUAAAUUCUGUUAAUCUUGCGAAUUUGAAAACUUUGGAAUUGAAGAAUGUAUCUGAAUAUCAGAAAAUACAAGCAACAAUUAGUAACCGUGAUGAAUUAAUCAAUCACCUAAAAACUAGUUUUAUUGUUAAAAUCGCCCCUUAUUUAUCUACUUUGCUGCAUUUAUGCAUUGAUUAUCGAGAAUCGCUAACUGAUAGCGUACCUGAAUUUCUAAAAUUGAUAUCCAGUGAUAAGUUAAAAUCGUUAGAUCUAACUAUAAGAUAUAACCAAAGUAAACUUAAGUCAUUUGAUGAUGACAUCAAUGAAUUUUACGGUGCUUACUCAAAUGCAAUAAUCUCAGGGAAUAAAUACGAGACGCUAGUAAAACUUUCAAUUGAAACAAAAGAAGAGAAUGCAUUUUGUGACUUAAGCAUUCCGAUUCCAUCGAAUUUUUUUUACGAAGAGUUGAGUAAUUGCCUUAAUUUGAAAAGCCUUAGAAUCAAUCCCAGUGAUAUAAAUAAUUCUGAUAAGGUAGCUAAAUUGAUCAGUAGUUUGCCCAAGCUAACAAAGCUUGAUGUAUUUGGUUCACAUGCAGGAGGGGCUCCCCAUCUUGGGUUAGAAAUGGUACAUCCAACCGUAUAUGAUGAAUGGUUUAGGGUUCAACAUGCAGCCAUACUAUACUUACAGUAUAACAAACAUUUGAAGUAUAUUAGAAUAAACAAAUGCAUUUUUGAAUGCCAAGGAGAUCUGGUUCAAGUUACCCCUCGCGAUGGUAUCGACAGAUGGUUUAAUGAGUGUGUGAGGGUUGGGUACAAAAUUGAUGUGUAG